AUGGCGUCGUCCUUUUGCUGGACGGCGCUGCUUUUGCUUUUAGGCACUUUGGCCUGCCUUUUACAAUCGGCUGCUGCUGUCAAAGAGAAGGACUUCAAGAAAUGCGACCAAUCUGGCUUCUGUAAACGAAACCGCGCCUACGCCGACAAUGCCGUUACCCAAGGUUCGAGCUGGAAAGCACCAUACGAGAUAUCGGCCGACUCGGCAUCAUUUGAGAAUGGAAAGCUAAAUGCCAUGGUUGUCAAGACCACCAACGCCAAUGGAGACACCGUCCGCCUGCCCCUUACCAUCUCAUUCCUCAAGUCUGGUGCCGCUCGAGUCACUAUGGACGAAGAGAAGCGACGCAACAAGGAUGUCAUCUUGCGAGAUGACAGCCCUGUUCGUAAGGAACGAUAUAACGAGGCUGAUGAUUGGGUCCUUAUCGGCGGUCUGGAUCUUGACAAGGAAGCGCAACUUGCAUUUCAAGACAAGACCCAAAUCAACGUCAAGUUUGGACCCGACUCCAAGCAGGAGGCAGUUAUCAAGUUUUCACCUUUCGAGAUCGACUUCCGACGCGACGGCAACUCACAUGUGAAGUUCAACCACCGAGGUUGGCUUAACAUGGAGCACUGGAGGCCCAAGAUCGAGAAUAAGGAGGGCGAGGAAGCCGCUGAGGACGAGAGUACAUGGUGGGACGAGUCGUUUGGUGGAAACACUGACACCAAGCCCCGUGGUCCCGAAAGUGUGGCUAUGGAUAUCACUUUCCAUGGAUAUGAGCAUGUAUUCGGAAUUCCUGAGCACACUGGCCCAUUAUCCCUGAAGCAAACGCGCGGUGGAGAGGGCAACUACGCCGAGCCCUACCGCAUGUACAACGCCGACGUGUUUGAAUACAUUCUCGAUAGCCCCAUGACACUUUAUGGAUCUAUCCCUUUCAUGCAGGCGCAUCGUAAGGGUUCGUCUGUUGGCGUCUUCUGGCUGAACGUUGCCGAGACAUGGGUUGAUAUUACCAAGGAAAAGAACAGUGCAGACCCUCUGAGCCUCGGCGUUGGUAGCAAGACAAGCACACACACUCACUGGAUCUCUGAGUCUGGUCUUCUGGAUGUUUUCGUCCUCCUUGGCCCUACUCCCUCUGACCUUACCAAGACCUAUGGAGAGUUGACUGGCUACACUGCUAUGCCUCAAGAAUUUGCCAUUGCUUACCACCAGUGCCGAUGGAACUAUAUCUCCAGCGACGAUGUCAGGAAUGUUGAUCGCAACAUGGAUAAGUACAAGAUUCCGUACGAUGUCAUUUGGCUGGACCUUGAGUAUACCGAUGACCGAAAGUAUUUCACUUGGGAGCCUCACUCUUUCCCCGACCCUAUCGACAUGGGCCAGCACCUUGAUGAUCAUGGCCGACAGCUAGUUGUUCUUCUUGACCCCCACAUUAAGAAGACCGACGGCUAUAAGGCCUCGGAGGAGAUGGUUGCUCAGGACCUCGCCGUUCACGACAAGGAACAGAAACUCUAUGAAGGAUGGUGCUGGCCUGGAGCGUCGAACUGGAUUGACUGCUUCAACCCCAAGGCGAUCGAAUGGUGGAAGAAGAUGCUCAAGUUUGACAGCUUCAAGGGAACCAUGUACAACACCUGGAUGUGGAACGACAUGAGUGAGCCUUCGGUUUUCAAUGGACCUGAGGUGACGAUGCCCAAGGACAACAUUCACCAUGGAGGUUGGGAGCAUCGUGAUGUUCACAACCUGAACGGCUUAACCUUCCAGAAUGCCACCUUCCAGGCUCUUCUCCACCGCGAGAAGGGCGAGCUUCGACGCCCCUUUAUUCUGACCCGAGCCUUUUACGCCGGAUCGCAGAAGCUCGGUGCUAUGUGGACAGGAGACAACCAGGCUGAUUGGGGACAUCUGGCAGCUUCUAUCCCCAUGACACUGAAUCAGGGAAUCUCUGGCUUCCCCUUUGCCGGUGCUGACGUUGGAGGUUUCUUUGGCAACCCCGAGAAAGACCUGCUUGUCCGCUGGUACCAGACUGGUGUGUGGUAUCCCUUUUUCCGAGCACACGCGCAUAUCGAUGCUCGACGUCGUGAGCCUUACCUCUUGGGAGAGCCUUACACCCAGAUCUCGACUGCCGCUAUUCGACUCCGAUACUCUCUGCUGCCUGCCUGGUACACUGCCUUCUACAACGCAGCACAGGACGGAAGCCCAAUUAUCCGACCUAUGUUCUGGACUCACCCGUCUGAAGAAGCUGGUUUUGCUCUCGAGGAUCAGUUCUUUGUUGGCUCAACUGGUCUCUUGGUGAAGCCCGUUACAGAGCAGGGCAAGGAGUCUGUAGACAUUUGGAUUCCUGAUGACGAGGUCUACUACGAUUACUUUACCUACAAUGUUCAAAAGACAAGCAAGGGUAAGUAUCUCAUAGUGAGUGCACCCCUGGAGAAGAUUCCAGUCUUGAUGCGAGGAGGACACAUUUUCCCGCGACGAGAUAUUCCCCGACGAUCAAGUGCUCUCAUGCGUUUCGAUGAUUAUACCCUUGUUGUCUCUGCUACCAAGACUGGCGCUGCCGAGGGCGAGCUGUAUGUGGAUGACGGUGACUCUUUUGAUUACGAGAAGGGCCAGUACAUUCAUCGCAAGUUCACACUCAGCGGAAACACCUUGACUUCUCUUGAAGCUGAAGGCCGGGAUGCCAAGUCGACCAAGCCCGGCGAGUGGCUCAAGGCCAUGGACAGUGUCCAUGUCGACAAGAUCAUUAUCGUCGGCGCACCCAAGGUGUGGGAUCAGAAGGAGGUGCAAGUUGAAUCCGAAGGCCGCACAUGGACGGCCAAGGUUCAAUAUCAUGCGGCCGAGGGUAGUCGUGCAGCCUUUGCGGUUGUGGGCCGAGUUGGAGCCAAAAUCGGCGAGGACUGGAGCAUUAAGCUUGCUUGA